GAGCAGUUGCGACGACGCGAUCGGCCCUUGCCACCCUCAGAAACUCCCGCGGCGGGGAGGCGGGGCGGGAGCCUCAGCGGGCAGAGGUCCCGGGGUGUGAGACGCGGGUGUUUGGACUUGCAGGCCGUGAAAUUUGCCGUUGCAGAAAGAGAACCACAGAUACUCAGAGUGGCCCAGGGUCAACUUUCCAAUCUAAUAACAGGACGGGCCAACAUCCGAGGAAUAAAAAUGGUCCCCUCUGACUCCUUUCUUCCAAGACAGGCCUAAGGAGGAUGAACCUGGUGUGGGCAGAAUCCAAAUGACCCGGACAGGCUGUGAAGGAGCUGCCAGUGGCCCCCAAGGCCUCGAGGAUGGCACCAAAAACCAAGAAAGGACUAAAAGGCUCCAUCGAUGACGUCCUGGGUGACCUCCUGGGGGAUGAUAACACACUUCCUGAGAAGCCUGGGAAACUUGCUUCACGUGCCAAAGACACCACCGGGGCAGCGCCGGUGCACCCUCUCUCCGGGGCCAGAACAAAGUCCCUCCUGAAAGACGAUGCCUUCAGCAGCCUGGCAGGCCUGGCAGGCGCUGAUGCCGAGGUCUCAGAUGUCUCCGAAGCAGACCCGCAGGUUUUGCUCCAGGCCAUGAAGGAUCUGGAUGACAUGGAUGCUGAUCUCUUAGGUCUGCAGAAAUCUGCUCCAGGCUCAAGCAAAAGAGCCGCAAAGGGUUCUGGGAAAGAAGAACUGCCGAGUGGUCCCAAACCUGCUGGUGUGUCAGUGAGAAACACCUCCUCAGGGGACGCCAUUCCCACCAAGAAGUCACCUCCCUUCGGGCACCAGUACAGGAAGUUUUCUUUUGAAGACCUGGAGGACCCGUUGGCAGGACUGCUCUCGGACGGGGAGGAGGAAGAUGUCGCCAGGAAGAUGUCUGCUCCACCAGGGGCAGAGCGUCCACCGGCAUCGGCGAAGAGCCUGCCCCCUGUCAGGGAGCAAGGGCCCUCCAUUCCUCUGACCCCGGGAGACACACCCAUCCGGAAGAAAGAAUCGCUGUUUGACGAUGGGGAUGACUUCAUGGCCACGCUGGGGUUCGGAGACAGCCCCGAAGCAGAGCGGCAGCGGGCGGGAGACCAGGAAGGGACGCGCCCCGCGCGCUCCAAGCUGGAUGAGCUGCUGGGUCGAGGCACUGCCCCGAAACUCCUGGCCCGCCCCGGCACCGGGGAGCACAGGGAGUUCAAGCUGGACAGAAAGUACCAGAGGCCACAGGACAAAGACGAUACCUGGGCCGAUGAGGACUUCACCUUUGGGGCCUAUCAGCCUACCAUGGGCUCCACUGAAGGGCGGCAGUCCCGCCGGCAGUCAGUCAGUAGGUUCUUAGCAGAAGGUGGUGCAGAUCCGAAGGGAGAAGCAGGCUGCAAACAGAGCACCCCAGCAACAUCCAGCCCCCCACACCCCAGGAAGGGAGGCGCUGACUGGUUGGGCCUCAAGGAUGACGAUUCGGACCUGCUCCCUCCCCUUCCCACCAAAGAAGCUGAAAGGGGAGGCUCAGUGCUCCCCACACCCCCUGUACUCCCUCCUGGAAGCCAGAAAUUGCCAUUGGUCCCCAGCAGGCUGCCCCCCUCCUCAGGGACUAAACCACCCACCAAGGGUACGGGGUCCCCUGCCAAAGCCGGCCAGGCGUCCAGGCCAGGAGCACCUGAGGAGGAGGCGGAGGAUUGGCUAAGCCAUGCCUUGGCGCAGAAGAAGUCCCAAGGUCUGGCCAGAGAGCAGCACCUGACCUCAGUGGCGGCAGCGGGCCAUCCGCCUUCCAGCAGCCAGCCCGGGGCCAGCACGCCGGGGCUCGAGCAAGCCGCCGCCGCCGCGGCCGGGGGGACGCCAGAAACAGCAGCACAAAAGCCACCUGCCAGGCCUGCCCCCUCGGGGCAUGUCCACAGUGGAGGGUCCCUCGAGCCGUGGAAGCAGGAUGCCCCGGCCCCCCGUGCAGGUGACCCGGAGAGGGGAGCAGCCCCUGGAAACCUCCCCAGCACUGAGCCUACCAUCUGUCUCCCGAGCGCCCAGGAGCCCCCGGGGCCUUCUGUGCCCGUCCAGCGCCUGUUCCCAGAGUCCCUGGCCUGGAGCCUGCUGCCCGGCGCAGGAUACCAGAAGCAGCUCCUGGCUGCUCAGGCGCAGCUCCAGAGUGGCACGGCCGAGCUCCAGAUGCAGCUUCUGCAGAGUGAGGCCCGGCAGGCUGAGCUGGAGGCCCAGGUGAGGAAGCUGGAGCUGGAACGGGCCCAGCACCAGCUGCUGCUGGAGAGUUUGCAGCAGCGACACCAGGCAGACCUGGAGCUCAUUGAGAAGGCCCACAGAAGCCGUGUCAAGGUGCUGGAAACAUCUUACCAGCAGCGGGAGGAGCGGCUGCAGAGAGAGAAUGAGGAGCUGUCGGCGCGGUAUCUGGCACACUGCCAGGAAGCUGAGCAGGCCCGCAACGAGCUCACAGCCCAGCACCAGCGGCGCUUGGCAGCCGCCACACAAGAGAAGGACCAGGAGAUGGAGCGGCUCCAGGAGCUGCAGCGGGCGUCCAUCCUGGCGAUGCGCACGGACCACGAGGAGCAGCUGCAGCGGCUGAAGCUGCUAAAGGACCGAGAGAUCGAUGCCGUCACCAGCGCCACCUCCCACACGCGGUCCCUGAACGGCAUCAUCGAGCAGAUGGAGAAGUUCUCCAGCAGCCUCAACGAGCUCUCCUCGCGCGUGGAGGCCUCGCACGUCACCACCGCCCAGGAGCGGGAGCUGGGCAUACGGCAGCGGGAUGAGCAGCUCCGAGCACUGCAGGAGAGGCUGGGCCAGCAGCAGCGGGACAUGGAGGAAGAGCGGAGCCGGCUGCAGGAGGUCAUCGGGAAGAUGGAGGCGCGCCUCAACGAGCAGAGCCGGCUGCUGGAGCAGGAGCGCUGGCGGGUGAACGCCGAGCAUACCAAGGUGGAGUCCACGAAAUGUGCUCUGGAGGAGCAGAGGAAGGUCACGGCCCAGCAGAUGGCCAUGGAGCGGGAGGAGCUGGAGAGGGCCAAGAGUGCCUUGCUGGAGGAGCAGAAGUCUGUCAUGCACAAGUGUGGGGAGGAGCGGCGGCGCCUGGCGGCCGAGUGGGCCGAUUUCUACGCGCAGCAGAAGCUGAGUAAGGAGAGAGCAGAGCGCGAGGCGGAGCGGGCGAUGCAGGUGGACAGCCAGCGGGAGGGCACCCUCAUCAGCCUGGCCAAGGAGCAGGCAGAGCUCAAGAUCAAAGCGAGCGAGCUCCGGGCCAAAGAGGACCAGCUGGUGGCUGAAAGGGAGGCUCUGGAGCGGGAGCGGCAGGAACUACGGCUGGAGAAGGAGCGGGUCAGCGCCUUGGCCCAGCGCCUCCGGCUCCGCGCCCAGGAGGUGGAGGGCAUGAGCCAGGUGGCCUCAGAGAAGUACAAGGAGGGGGAGCAGGCGCUUCGGGAGGCCCGGCAGGUGCAGUCGGAGCAGCAGGCCCGGCUACAGCUGGUGCAGCAGCAGCAAGAGCAGCUACGGCAGCAGGAGCAGCACGUGCACCAGGAGCAUCUGAGUCUGGCCCAGCAGAGGAUCCAGCUGGACCGGGUCCGACAGAACCUGCCCUCCAGCCCCUUAGUGCUAUUCCCCAAGGCCCAGGGCCUGGCGGCUCCCAGCCUGAGUGCCGUCAUGGCUCCCGCUUCCGCCGCCCAGUGCAGCCAGCCUCCUGUCGGCCUGGGGCCCUCCAACCUCUAUGCCAAGCUGGUGCUGCUGAGGCACGCGGCGGAGCAGGAUCGUGACUUCCUGGAGAACGAGCAGUUCUUCCUGGACACGCUGAAGAAAGCCACCUACAACGUGACGUCCCACUCAGCCUGAGGGCCCCACCCUCCUCGCCAGAGGCCUCACACCCAAACUCCUCGCCAUCACCCCUGGCUGCAAUCCCCAGGAGGGGGUGCCCCGGGGAGGGCCAUGAGGCCUGAUUACAGCUCUUCCUGUGGACAGGGUGCCAGCGCCUUCUUCCCCAGCGCUCCAGCUAAGACAGACACACCCCCUGCCUCGAGGAUGUCACCCCAACACUGUCAGCCACAGCUUGGGUCUCCUGCCCCAAAAAUGCCCAGCUCAGAUCCUAAGGGUCUGACGGGACACCACAGGCCCUGCCCUCCUCCACAGGCAGAUGAACCUCUUCUGGGGUCCUCGCGAGGGAAGCUCCAAGCGGCCUCCUCCCCUCCCUUUCUGAGAGGCCGGAGACAAUGCCCAGUGCCUUCUAAAUAGGGACGCAGAGUCAACCUGCACAUCUGAAGGGCCGUUAGCCCCUGGCCCAGGGGUUGGGAGGUUGCAGGGCUGGUGUCUUGCUGCCUAGUCAGGUUUUACCUGCAGGCCAGACAUGCCCCGCCUCUCAGGCCGGCCUGCAUCCGGCCCCCAGCUGCCGCAGCAGGGGCACUGAUCUCAGCUCUUCUAAUAGGCUUCCCAGAGCCAGGAGUGGGGGACGGUGGGUGUCAGUGGGGUGUGGAGAGCGAUGGGGAGAGAAGGUUCCUCGCUGUGCUGUUUCCCGCCAUGAAGCCACCGCUGUGUGGGAGUGAAGAUGACAGCCAGAGCCUCUGGCCUGGGCCCACAGCGUGGGGGAGCCCCAGGCCCCGCCGUACCCAGCUGCUGCCCCGUGUCCUCCUCCACCUUGGGCAGAGUGCCAAGGCCAGCUGGAGGCGACCCAAGGACAGAGGGACUCCACUAAUAAAGUCAGUCACUUGCAAAGCAGCUUCUCUCAGCCAGUGACAUCCCCUAUCCGAGGAAAUGCGGGGUGCACAGAAGGCAGGGGGACAACGCUGGGCGGCAGGCUUGUGUCCCUGCUCUUUCAGACCAACAGUUUACAGCCUUUGCCUGGCCCGUUACAUUGCGAUGUUCUUAUUAACCGGGUUCUUACCUGUUGUCACGGCUCAUCAGAGUUUGCACUUACUGCUUAGAAGUGUCUGCUCUGCAGCCUUGCUAUUUGCUGGAAAGCUGGCAGGGCCACCCUGGCCACGCGCCCGCUGCCGCCACCCUGUGCUCCUCACCUGCUGACUGGGCUGUACCAGAAGAGGGUGAUCAUCACCCCUAUUUCACAGAUGAAGAGACAGAGGCCCCGGGAGGCUGAAUAACUUGCCUGAAGUGGCACAGCAAAGAGAGGGCCCGGGGCUGAGUUCUUGGGCAGAUUUCAAAGCCCAGCUCCCAGCCACACCUCAGGAGUAGCACAGCACUUGGGUGGACGGUGUCCGCGCUGCUAGGGGCUCGUCCCUCCCCAGGAGGAAGGCAGUGGUGCCCUUAAGAGCCUUGGCAGCCUGGCAUUUGAAGGCCUCCUCUGAACAUAUUCUGCAGAGAGGAGGCAGGGCCCUGAGGGUGGGGGGCCAACAGGUCACCUGAUGCAUGAGGGGGGCAGGUGCAGGGACAUCCGCAGGCCACAACUUGGUCUUCCAGAGCAGUGAGAUGAGUUUAGAG